UUUGUGUUCUGUGAUUUGUAUUCUGUGGGUAAUUUGUAAACGCGAUGUUAAUUUGUUCAAAAAGUAUUUGGGCUCUUUUCGCUUUAUUUUUUGUAAUAAAGGCUGAAACUAGCCUGGAAGAAGACAAUGGAACUGGCCGCUAUGUAAUAGAAGGCAGAGUUUUUCCCUUAAGCGAUUAUCAGACUGAAAACGCCAACUGGCAAACCGUUACUAGAGUUCAUGUCAAUGGGGGCGAAUUUAUCGGUUUCGUCAAAAGAGAUGGAAGUUUUGUCGUCCAUAACGUACCAUCGGGAUCUUACAUUGUAGAGGUAUUGAAUCCAGAGUACACCUUUGAGCCUGUACGAGUUGAAAUCAACUCAAAAGGCAAGUUUAGAGCAAGGAAGGUUAACCAUAUACAAACCUCUCUGGUUGUCCAAGUGCCUUAUCCUUUAAAAAUAAAGGCAUUGGGAAAAACUAGGUACUUCCAAGUAAGAGAACAAUGGAGGGUAACAGAUUUUCUUUUCAAUCCAAUGGUCAUGAUGAUGUUAUUCCCGGUAUUGUUAAUCAUGGUUCUACCUAAGCUCAUGAAUGAUCCAGAAACCAAAAAAGACUUAGAAGAAAUCCAGAAACUGACCAAGUUUGAAGGGCUUCAAGUCGGAGAUAAAGUUAGCAAUUUCUUAGCAGGAAAUAUGCCACAAAGUACCACUAAAGAGGUUAAAGACAAGGAUAAAAAAGCGCAGAAGGCUCGACGAAGGCCUGUAACCAAAGAGUAAAUAAGCAAUAGAUAUUUUUAGCUGUGAAAAAUAUUUAAUUUAUAAGUAUUGUAUUUAAAGAAUAAUAAAAAAUUAAAGACAAA